AUGGCGGUGCUCGCGCUCGGUCUGUGUGUGUUUCUCAUGGGACCAUUCGUUGUUGAGGCCAGUAGGGAAUACUAUCUAGGUGCGGUGGAGGUCGAUUGGGACUACGCUCCAUCAGGGCGGACUCUGGUCCCUGGUACUUCCACCGCAGCACAAGGUUUCAUCGAGCAGACGGCUAACAGAGUCGGACGUGUCUACAAAAAGGUUAUCUACAAACAAUACACCGACCACAGCUUUUCGGAACAGGUUCCCGGACCGGACUGGUUGGGAAUUGUCGGACCCAUUCUGAAGGCCCAGGUCGGGGAGACGUUAAUGAUUCACUUUCACAACUUCGCCUCCAAGGCAUACAGUGUACACCCGCACGGACUGCACUACGAAAAACAACAUGAAGGUGCCCUUUAUAUCGACAAAACGUCUGGAUUUCAAAAACUCGACGACGUAGUGCCCCCUGGUGGAGAAUACACCUACGUGUGGGAUAUCGUCCCUGAGUUCGGCCCCGCCAAGGACGACCCUGACUGCAUCCCCUGGGUGUACCACUCGCAUGGCCCGGAUGUACCCCGGGACACUAACUCGGGUCUGAUCGGAGUUCUCCUCACAUGUAAACCAGGUAGUCUUGACAAGAACGGUAACCGACGGGACGUCGAUAAGGAAUUCGUAGCACUGCUGAAAAACUUCGACGAAAACCGAACUUGGUACACGAGCAACAUCAUGCACUCUAUGAAUGGCUUCAUCUACGCCAACGGCCCCCGGUUCGAAGCCUGUGUGGCUGACCGAGUGGCGUGGUACGUGAUCGGAAUGGGCUCGGAGACCGAUAUCCACGGCUUUACAGUGGACGGCGAGACUCUCACGUGGAACAGUCACAGAAAGGAGUCUGUGGGGGUGUUCGCUACAAGUUUCGUGUCGGCGGAGAUGGUGCUGGUGAAACAGGGCGAGAAACUCGUGUACUGUGACACCACCACGCACUUUGAGGAUGGGAUGGAGGUGUAUAUAGACGUCAGGCAGUGCAACGCGAAGAUGAAUACAUACAAGACAAGCGGGACAACUCGAAAGCACUUCCUGUCUAUAGAGGAAGUGAUCUGGGAUUACGCGCCAUCUGGUAUGAACAAACUAACCAAACAGGGCUUGGUGCGAACAGGAAGUACUGAAGCGAUCUACUACCAGGCGCGCGCUAACCGGAUCGGCAGCCAGUACAUCAAAGCGCUGUUUUAUGCGCACACCGACUCGUCGUUCAAGACAGAGAAGCUUCGUUCUCGUGACGAGUCGCACCUCGGCAGCCUCGGCCCCACCCUCAGAGUGGAGGUGGGGGACAUUCUGGAGGUGGUUCUCUUCAACAACGCCACUCGACCCUUCUCGUUCCUGCCGCGAGGUCUCAUCCCGUACGGAAACAUCGCCGUCAACAGUUCGUUAGUGACGCAGCCAACAGUGCCACGUGAGAAACGAAUGUAUCGCUUUUAUGUGCCCGAGGAGUCGGCCCCGAGCGCCUCCGACCCGCCGUGCAUCACGUUCAUGUAUCACUCCGCCGUGGACCACGUGAGGGACGUGUACUCGGGACUCGUCGGGCCGCUUCUCGUCUGUAAGAAGGGCAGUCUCGACCACGAGGGCAAACAGAAAGGUGUGAGUCGGGAGCUGAAGCUGUUCCUGUCAGAGACGGACGAGAACAAGUCAUGGUACAUCGACCGCAACAUCGACAAGUUCUGUGUGUCCAGGGAGGUCGACAAACUCGACCUGCUCUUCAUCGAGUCCAACAUCAUGAGAUCAAUCAACGGGUUUGGCUUCGGCAACCUACACGGUCUGUCUGUCUGUAAGUCUCAACUGGUCGCCUGGCACCUUCUGUCUGUCGGCGGACACACCGGCGUGCACUCGGUCUACUUCCACGACCUCGACUUCAUCCAGGACGGGAACAGACAGGAUACGAUCCCGCUCUUCCCUGGAUCGUCCUUCACCUUCAUCACGAAAGCAGGCAACGUCGGUAGAUGGGAGAUCGUCUGUCGGAACAUCGACCACUACAAGGGCGGCAUGUCGGCGCUGUAUGACGUCAGCGAGUGCGGCUACCACGAGGCCCAGUCCAUCUUCCAGAGGGGGAAACGUCGACGCUACUUCAUUGGUGCCGUCGAGAGAGAGUGGAACUACGCGCCCAGCUUGAGAGGCUUGAUAAAGGGAGGCAACCUCACCGACCCCACUAGCAACUCGUACCGCUACUUGAACACGGAGCCUGGCUACAUAGGACCCAAGUACCUGAAGGCGCUGUUCCGGGAGUUCACGGACACGUCGUUCCGAUUCGAAAAGCAGCGAACACCGGAAGAAGAACACCUUGGCAUUCUGGGGCCUGCGGUGAAAGCGGAAGUAGGAGACGAGAUCGAGAUCGUGUUCAAGAACCUGGCGACGAGACCUUACUCGAUGCAUGCCCACAUCGUCAAGACGGACAAGGCCAACGAGGGCACGUUCUACUCCGAUGACGUGAGCUCGCGGGGCGAUAACGGCGUCCCGCCCAACGCGUUCACCGUCUACCAGUGGCGCGUGCCGUCUGGUCCAGGCCCGAACGACCCGCCGUGCAUCUCGUCGCUGUACUACUCUGCGCAUGACCAGAGCAGAGAUCUGUACUCCGGACUAGUCGGACCUAUCAUCAUAUGCAGGAAGGGGGUGCUGGACGACAGCGGUGGCAGAAAAGACGUCGAUAAAGAAUUCAUGGUCCUGUUUUCCAUAUUCGACGAAAACGAGAGCCUGUACAUAGGCGACAACAUACACACGUACGCGCCGUCGAGGAACAAGACGAACCCUCGAGACCCGGCGUUCGUCGAGAGCAACAUGAUGCACUCCAUCAACGGGCUGGUGUACCAGGCGGUGCCCGGCAUCACGAUGGCGGUGGGCGAGAAGAUCGCCUGGUACCUCCUGGGGUUCGGCUCGACGAAGGACGUGCACACCGUCCACUUCCACGGCCAGACCGUGCUGUACGAGCACAGCGGCCAACACACGCUCGACGUGCUCGACGUCUUCCCGGAGAGCGGCGCCUCCGUCGUCAUGCAGGCCAUCAACCCCGGCGUCUGGCUGCUGCACUGCCACGUCAAUGACCACAUGGAGGCCGGCAUGGAGACCAUCUACACCAUACUGCCCAAGGGAAGUAACUCGUUCAUCGCAAAUGUCCCCGACAAACGAGCAGAGGAAAAGUCUAAGGUGACUGGUGAACCAGUUGAUGAGAAAUCGUCUCUAGCUAAUAAAACGUCUGGAUCCCAUAUCGCGAUCAACCAAAAUCUGAGAAAUGGAACUAAGGGAAAAGAACACCUGCCUGCAGAACGUGUUAAUGAUGAUGUUCCUUGGGGAGAUAAAUCGAAAAGUACAGUCCCGGAGGUAAAUUCUAAAUCAGACGACAUUAAUGUAACACAUUCAGGUGACAUUCUUUCUACACAGAACGAUAGUAAUUCUCUAAACAGGGAGGAAACUCAUGCUGUACUCAACAAAACAAAACCAGUGUCAGACAAAACCAAGUCUCCACUACAGUCUACAGACAAAGACUCCAUUUCUAAUAUUACUACAUUUUUGUCUGACCAAUCAAAAUCUUCACAUACUGAUGACGUCAGCUUUGACACAAAAUCCACUAAGUCGUCUGUAAAGGUGAUCACUGAUUCUCAAAGUUCAUCGCAACCGACAGACGAAGAUACCACUUCUCAAAUGACUACAUCACAAAAUGUAGUUCCUCGGAGAGACACAACUAAAAGACAACAGCCACCCUCACGAGAUAGCUCAGUUUCUGGAAGCACGAAUAUCACCUCAAGCAUCACCAAAGUAACUGAAAUAAUAUCUGAAUCGUCUCAGAAGGGCACCAUGGUUACUGAAUCCACGAAGACACCCGAAGAUGAUGAUACGUCAACAACGCAAGGUACAGUAUCUGCAAGUGCCAUCUCAGCCGAUAAUGAUGACGUCAUCACCCCUGUAGCAGCCGAUAAUAUGAACUUCACUUAA